GUAAACCUCUCGUCUGGAGGAGAUGGAGGAAAAGGCCGCUUUGCGAGCGGUCGGGGCGGAAGAGAGCGCUGCCUCACGCGGUUGUUAUCUGCUGCCCCGGUGGGGUACCCACACUCGGAGCUUGCGUGUUAAAGCUCGCCGAGCGGAACCAUCCAGCAGGCCACGGAACAAAAAAACGCGUGUCACGCCUGCAGUCAUCAGCGCCACGCCCGACAGAGCGAGGCGCUGGAGAAAACAUAAUGCAAAUCGCCACACCUGAGAAUUGAGUCGAAAACUGCCCUAAAGCAACGGUCGUCCCAAAUAAAUGGCGACGGCUGGUGAUCAAAUGAUGGUCUCCGCUAUGCUCGCCCCCGCGCGGCUGCACAGCAUGCAUGACGGGCUGGCGCGGGCGCGGAUUCGUGGGGGUCUUCUCCCCCCGCAUGCCCGCGUGUGGGCAGGAGGAGGAGGAGGAGGAGGAAAAGGAGGAGGAAGACGAGGGGGAGAUGGGGGAGGAUGGGUCUUUGAGUGCCCGACGAGGACAUGGGCAGCCCAGCCCAGGGCGUGAGCUGGACGUCCCGACAGGACAACGUGCGGCUGCGCGUGGCAUACUUCAAGGGUGCUCUGGGCAAUAGCUGGUCUCUUCUCCUC